UAAUGAUAAAAACGUUUUAACUAUAAAAGGAUUCGUACAUUUAACAAUGCUUUACUUUAUCCGAUUCCGAAGGAAAAUGUCCAAACUGGCUGUGUUAAUUUUGGCAAUAUUUUUUGUAAUAAUCAGAGUGAAAUGUUUCGCAGAGCACCAAGAUGAUCCAGAUUUAAUACGCAAGGAAGAUUCGGAUAAUUUAGAACAAGAAACAGAGGAACGGUCGGCGUCGCCUCAACCAUACAGUUCAGCUAGUAGCAAACUUUCUAGACCUGGAUUGUACCCUACACAGAUACGUCUAGUGGAAUGUUACGCCUGUGUAGACUGCUAUAAGGUUCUACCUAAUACUACCACUAAAUACUGCCCUUUCACCAACGAUCCUGCCAAAAACAACAAAUGCGUCGUUUACACUGAAAAGUAUAAACAAAUGGAGAGACCGUGGUACAUUCGCGGCUGUGCAUCCGAACGAGGGUCAUGUUCAGAAAUUACAAAAGCUGAGAGCGCAAAUUCAAGAAUAGUGAAACUGACACAAUGUUCAGAGUGCGAAGGUGACAGAUGCAAUGUAAAUGGAGUGGCCCGCUCACUCCCGAACCUCAUAGCUGCAAUACUCUUUGUAGUAAUUACUCCACUAAUGGGUAAAUGUGCGCUUUUAUAAAUACAUCACAUUCAGUCUACAAUGAUGCUUCCAUGUUUUACAUAAUCCUUUGGUUGGUAAAAAGUUGUCAUUGAUGUAUCUAUCUAUUAUAAGGUGA